AUGGUUGCGGUGGAUCAAUACGGGAAUGGGCAGCCCGUGCAGUACUUACUGAUCGAGACGAACAGCGACUGGCACAUGGCUAAGUGCAUGGACCACGUCAAGCGGGCAAACGAACAAUGGCGCUUGGUGCGGAUUGUCAUCGUUGACAAGGACAUGCGUGAUAUUGAUAUCAUCCGCAAGAAGUUGCCAGAGGCUCACGUGCUACUGUGUCACUUUCAUGUGAUCAAGUGGGUGCACGAAACGAUUCGAAAGUCCAAGAAGUACGGCGUGUACGAAGAAGAUGUGCUCUCUCCGAUGAAGCACAUCAUUACCAACAUGACCUACGCUAGGACGUCUGAAACAUACACGUCUCAUUGCGACGAGUUCAAGCGUUUCGCUGACAGAGAAGACCUCCCAGAGCUCCUGAAAGUCCUCCUGGCCUACCAGCGACAAAAGGAGGAAGAGUACAUGGUCAAGGUGGAGAUGCCUGGGACGUUUCGAGACGUUUCCUACUGUGAGCAGAUGAACAUUGCACUUGACAUGACGACACGUUGGGUAGCAGCGGCGAUCAAGACGCAGUAUGACGUCGCAACGGAUGCCUUGAUUGCUGACUAUUACGCAUUCAAGGAUAAUGACACUACGAUCACCGUCCAGUAUGAUGAACACGAGUGGUUCGACCAGCGUCGGCUCUCACAAGAUGAAUUGACUGAAGUUGAGCAGCCUUUUGUGGCAAACGUGUUCAAGAAGAAGCAGCGCGCCGUUGAUGGGGCUCUGAGCGUGGCUGAAAAGUAUCGCCGAGCACAGAAGGCAUUCGACCGUAUCAGUGGAGAGCUCGCGCAGGUUCAGGACGAAGUGUUCGAGUCUGCAAUGAGCGACCUUGACAAGUCGUGGUACAAUCUGAGGCAUGGUAAGACGGAUCUCCUGCCGCCCCCAUCCUCUGGUGACGGAGGCUCAGGAAGUGGAGGUGGUGGUGGUGGGAACGAUGGUGGCGCUCCGGGUGGGAGUGCGUCCCAGGGAGAGGGCCCGCAAGAAGAUCAUCACGUUGACAAUGCCGAAGAAGGCAGCAUGCAGGACGAAGACGGAUCUGACGAUGGGGCGCCGACGCAGGUCGUCGAUUCGACAACCCAAGCUGCUGAUAAUGAAGGGAACCCCCUGGCUACGUUGCAAGUGAAGUCUCAUGGGCAAGGCAAACCCAUUGAGUGGCGCGUCGACGCUGCAUUCGUCCCAGACACAGUCCGGUUUCGUCUACUGGAGUCUAUAGUUGACAACGCGCUUGAGCAAUUCCUCGGCGGCCUUGCGAAGAACGAACAGAUCGAGCUAGACAGUGAGGGCGAAGCCGCUACAAGCGGCGAUUGUUAUGUGGCGGCUAUUGCUAAGGCAUUUGCUGUGGUGCUGGCCAGCUACAAUAACAAUGUGACAAUUACGGCCACACCGCAAAGGCAUGGUGAGGCUACACAGCAGAAACGAAGUCGUAAGGGCCUGCUUUCAUCCAACGCACUAGAGGACGUCGUUGCAGGUGUUUCGACGUAUGCAUUUGUGCUGCUGCCCGUAAUUUUCGGGGGCACUCACUGGGUAUGUCUCGUUGUCGACCGAGAUGCCAAACAAGUGAAGACGUACGACAGCAAGAAUGACAAGCGCAAUAAGCAGAUGUUGAAGAAAAUCGCGAGUGAGAAAAUUGCUGCAGAUGCGACUAUGGCGAGCUACACGACUGUCGAGAUGACCGAGCCUCUUCAGCCCGACAGUAAUAGCUGCGGGGUUUUGUGUGUCGCUUCUUCUGGACCUGUGUUAGCGACGACGCUCCAAGUGAUGUAA